AAUUUAGAUAACUAGAUGAGAUCUACUAUUUUAAGUAUAUAUUUUGUUCCGUAACUAGGAUUGUUAGCUUUGAAGAGACAAUUUGAUCACAUGAUCUAGAGAAGUAAAGUAAAAACACGAGUUGGCUCGGAUUAUCUUCCUGCUUGAAUGAGUUGCAAUAGAGCAUUAAGAUUACAUAACAGUGAACGCUUCUUAACCUGCACUUGAUUGGUCAAUGAACUGCCAAAACCAAAAUGUCCUUUGAGGACGACGAAACACCAUGUACUUAUGUGGGGUCUUUCCCUAAAGGAUUUGGCUAUGGGCCAGAGGAAGCUGAGAUUGAGGGACCUGUCAACCCUGGGGAGGAGAAGCCCAGAAUUUUGUUGAUGGGUUUACGCAGAAGUGGCAAGUCGUCAAUACAGAAAGUUGUCUUCCAUAAAGUUUCCCCCAAUGAGACUCUCUUUUUGGAGAGCACCAAUAAGAUUGUUAAAGAUGAUAUUUCAAACUCAUCUUUUGUCCAGUUUCAAAUCUGGGACAUUCCAGGUCAGAUAGAUUUCUUCGAUGCUGCCUUUGACUCAGAGUAUAUUUUUGGAGGUUGUGGUGCUUUAAUAUUUGUCAUUGAUGCUCAGGAUGACUACAUGGAGGCUCUGUCCAGGCUGCAAAUGGCUGUCACUAGAGCUCAUAAGAUCAAUGAAAGCAUCAAGUUUGAGGUCUUCAUUCACAAGGUGGAUGGUCUCUCGGACGACAACAAAAUUGAGACGCAGCGUGACAUACUUCAGAGGGCCACGGAUGAGCUGAACGAUGCUGGUAUGGAUAACAUCCACCUCAGCUUCCAUUUGACCAGUAUCUAUGACCACUCCAUUUUCGAAGCCUUCAGUAAAGUAGUGCAGAAAUUAAUUCCUCAGCUAGCCGUGUUGGAAAAUUUACUGGAUAUUGUCAUAUCUAAUUCCAAGAUUGAGAAAGCCUUUCUAUUUGAUGUGGUGAGUAAGAUCUACAUCGCCACGGAUAGCUCACCUGUAGAUAUGCAGUGUUAUGAGCUGUGUUGUGACAUGAUAGAUGUUGUCAUUGAUAUGUCAUGUAUUUAUGGAGUUCGUGACAUAUUCCUAUCUCGUGCUAGAGAUGAUGGUGCAUUUGAUAACGAGUCCGCCUCCUUCAUAAAACUCAACUCAGGGACGGUCUUGUUUCUGAGAGAGGUGAACAAACACUUGGCCCUGGUGUGUAUACUCCGUGAAGAUGGAUGUGAAAAUAGAGGUAUAAUUCAGUACAACUUCAAAUGUUUCCGAGCUGCCAUCCAAGAAGUCUUUGUGGCCAGGAAUAAACAGGCCAACAAAAGCACGGGUCAUCCACAGAUGGAUCUUCUUGUCAACGGCCAGAAUGACGAUGAGCUAGAUUCGGAUGAGACAACUCAGACCAAUGGGGGUGCUAUGGCCUCCGGGCACGGACUUUUGAAUGGAUCACUGUUGCAAGAUGAUGAUUAAAUGAAUCCUAUACUGUGUGUUGACCAAAUGAUACAGGGAGAGAAUGAACACACUAAUUAUUUAUUGAUAUUGUUGUCAUGGGUUUCAUUCUUUGCAAUAGAUUUGACUUAGAGCUUCAAAUGAAGCCACAGAAUGUUAUAAGUGUGGUUUUAGUGACUAAAAAAAAAUGUGUGUUUGUAAGUCUGUUUUUUUUUUUUUCUUUCAUUAUUAUCAUAACUUUUUUCUGUUUCAUGCAAUAAAUAAAAAGGUGCCAACAGGAUCCACCAUUCUGCUGUUUAAAUAAGUAGGUCAAUCUUCCCCGCAUAAGCUACUUCCUUUAUUAUUUUUUAAAAUGAAUAUGGACACUAUUUUUGAUAGGAACAAUGUUUAUUUAUAAAUGGGGCCUAUUUUUUUUUUUUUUUUUUUUUUUCUAUAGGGGACAUUAUUUUUUAAACAGCUUUUACUUAGAGCUUAAUGGAAAGAAAUCUUUUAGGUAGCUGAGAAACUUCCUCUUUUGUUUUAUUGAUGCUUUGUAGACAAUUAUACUUGAAGUAUAAACCUAUGAGCAUUUUUAUUUGUUCUUGUAAAGAAAUAUCCUAUUGAAAAUCUGUUAUGGUUGUAAAUGUUUGACAACUGAAGUUAGGCUGAACAAUCUUUUUUAUUGUCUGGUUGUCUCUCUUGUAUUAAAAGUGGAAGAGUGGUUGUCCUCCUUACAAACUUCUAAGUACAGUCUUAACAUUGGUCUCUUGUAACAUAAUGUAAUACUGGCUGAUGGGAAACAUGGAGUGUGUUGCUUAACAGAGAUGUAUGCAUGUUACAAUAUGAUGUAUUUUCCAGUAACACUUUGCUUCAAACUAGUUUCUUACCCUUUGAAUCCAAUUAAAGUCAACUCUGGUUUAUCUGACCACAUCGGAUGCUAUCAUUUUGGUCCUAAUAACCUACUGGUCCAAUUAGCCAGAUUCGACUGUAAUUUGUAAUUGCCAUGACUAGUUUUUUAGCUUGGUCGAAGUUAUCUUCCUUUAAUUAUUAAUUUGAAUAUGGCUCUGAUCCUUGGCCACCAGUUCGCUUAUACUUUAACAAAGAAAUAAGAUUAUGCAUUGAAAACUUGUGUUUAAUUCUUCAACAAUGCACCAAGAUUUUGAAGAGUUCAAUUGUGUGCUCAACAUUUUACUUUGCAAUGGACUGUGACUAUUGGAUUGAAGCAUGAUGUCUAAAUUAGUUUAUGUCACCUCAUUACUGUCAAAGUUUUGCUUUUAAGUUUCAAUGUUGAUCCUUUUUUUUCCCCCUGAUUGACUCAGAUCCCAAAGAAAUGUCUUUAUUUUUUUAUUUGCUUAUUUACUUGCUUUUCUUUUUUUCCCAGCGGCCGUACUCUUCCGUAGUGGCUAUUGGAAAAUUAAUAGCCGAAUUUUAUUUUCCUAUUGCAUUUAAAAAAUUACAUUAAUUUGUUAAUGCAAUUAUUUACUUGCAUGUUUGCGAAAGCAAAUGUUAAAUAACUUUGCUGAUCAAGUGAAGGAAAUGUUUGUUUUGUUCUCAAAUGACUGCACUUGCCUAUGUACUAACAUUCUAAUUUUAAGUUUGUGUACUGUUCUUCUUCUGUUACUAGUUAUGCCCUUGACCUUCAAAUGCAUUAUGAAAUCUUUGCAAGCUAUGAAUGUACAUCAAUGAAAAGCCUGAACACCAAAUUGUUUAAUAGAAUGAAUUUGAUCUAAACACCAAAAUAUUUAUUUCAUAAAUUGGUCUAAGUGGGGCAGCUGAUCAUUGCAAAUAAUUUUAUAUUAAACAUGUGUACAUAUAAAUAA